AAACCCUCAACCGCACGGUCGCGGACCAUAUAUCAGUCUUGUUCUGGAAUCUAGAAAACCCACUUCUCUAUCUUUGGAAAAUGGGAAGGAUAUUUGUGGUAGAUCUUGAAGGUAGGACAUACAAGUGCAAGUUCUGCAAAACCCAUCUUGCCCUUGCUGAUGACGUUGUUUCCAGGGGAUUUCAUUGUCGCAGAGGAAAAGCAUACCUAUUCAAUAAAGCGGUGAAUGUAACUGUUGGACCUCAUGAAGAGAGGGUGAUGCUUUCUGGGAUGCACACUGUAGCGGACAUAUUUUGUUGCUGUUGUGGGCAAAUUGUUGGCUGGAAAUAUGAGUCUGCACAUGAGGAAAGCCAGAAGUAUAAAGAAGGGAAGUUUGUCCUCGAAAGAGAUAGGAUCAUUGAUGGCGUUGACACUGAAUUCUACAUCGAUACUCGUCCGAGUAUCAGUGAUGCUGAGGAUGCAUAGGCUUUGCUAUGUUUGUAUCUAAACAUUGUGUAGUUUUAUCUUGCAGGUCUAGUUUGUAGAUAUAGAAAAAAAAAGAACUGUUUGUAUCUAACCCUUGUGUAGUUAUAUCUUGUAGGUCUAGUUUGUAGAUAUUGGAAAGAAGCUUCUACAUAAGUGUUUUUUUGUAUAUGAGAUUCCUUAUAUAAGGAGUUUUUUUUAUUAUGUGUGAAAAAUAGAAAGUAAGAGCUAGUAUGGUUGAUGAGUCACAGUUAGGUAUGAUCUUUGCACGUC